AUGAAAUUGAGGUUUAGAAUAAACAGUAUUUUAAAAAAAGAAAAAAAGGGUUUUAAUUUGUUUAUUUUACAUUACAAUAAUAUUAGUAUUUUAAAAAAUUACAACAACAAAGAAUGCAUUAAUAGAGAAAAAAUGAAAUUUCCAUUAAAAAGUAGAAAUGAUGACGAAAUUAACGAAAGUAAAAUGAAAAAAAAGCAACAGCAAAAAGACUGCUAUUUUUUCUUAAAUGACAAAUUAUUUUUUAAGCAUAUAAUGAAUAAAUUAUCUAACAAAAAAAUUUAUCCUGAAUAUAUUUCUAAUGAUUUUUUUUAUCACUUAAAUAAAUUUCAUAUAAAUUUUUUAAAUAAUUAUUUUAAUGAAUUUUUUUUUAAAUUUACCAAAACAUCUAAAAUAUUUUUCGGUGUAUUAUCAAGUUUUUGUAUAUUUUUAUGUUUUUUUUUAAUUACAUCAUCCAAUUAUUUAGAAUAUAACAUAAUAUUGAAGUAUCAUAUAAAGUUUAACUCUUUGCUUUUUUCUUUUUUUUCAUCUUAUUACUUGGGUUUACAAGUUGGAUCUUAUUAUUUUAAAAAUAUUGCUCACUAUUUCAAUUCUUUUAUUUUUUUACUUAGUUCCUUUUUAUCUAUUUUUAUAGCAGAUUACGAUAUAUGGGCAUCUUACUAUUUUUUAAGUGUAAAUUAUUUACUAUUUUUAGCUGUUAAUUAUUAUAAUUUAUAUUUAAAGAGAUUACCUAACUACAUUUUUAAAAAUGUAAAUAGACUAAUUUAUUUCUCUCUUUUAUCUAAUUAUAUAGCAAUAAAUAAAGGAAAAUAUAUUGAAAAAAAUAUCGAAUUACUAAAAAAUGAAAAUAGUGAGAUAUCCUUUUAUAAAUUAUUGAAAAUAAAGCCAUAUUUUCUAUGA